CCUUUCUAUGGAUGAGCUUCAGAAGAAAUUAAGCCAAAGAUAUGCGGAGAGACCCCGGAAGGUGAGAUUUAAAAUUUCUUCUGCAUACAGUGGCCGGGUAUUGAAACAGGUCUUUGAAGAUGGCCAGGAACUGGAGUCCCCAGAUGAAGAGUAUCCUCAUAGAUUUCUACAUGACAGCUUUGAUACAUCAGAACAUUACUUCAGCUCAGGAGACGCUCAUCCACAAUUUUACCCAACAGCUCGACUAACAGCCCAGAGGAUAAGUGUCUUCAGAGAUGGUACUUCCUACAGACUUUCAAGUGACCCGCUAUUUUCUGGCAGCCAUGAACCAGAAAAGAGAACCUCUGAUGUUAUAGAUUUUGGCAAGAUCAUAAUUUACACCAGUAAUUUAAAGAUUAUAAGAACCCCAGUGAUAAAUAAAGAGGCAUCUGACAAUCCAAAAUGGUCACCUAAACAAGGACGAGCAGUUGAGAGGGACUUGUGCGAUACAUCAGCGGAGGAAUAUGAAAUUCCCAGGAUUAAGUCACAAGAUACUCGGGAGGAAGACAAUCUUCACCACUGCCCACAGUGUAACGGCUCUGGAUGUUCCCCUUGUGCUUUAUGCCACGGCAGCAAAUUGACCAUGCUAGCCAAUCGGUUCAAAGAGUCUUACCGUGCAUUGCGUUGUCCUGCUUGUGAUAAGAAUGGCCUGCAGCCUUGUCAGACAUGUUCUUAUGAUUCUGAUGGAUACAGCCCAUCAAUAUCUCCUCGAUCCUAA